AGAGAGAGAGAGAGAGAGAGAGAGAGAGAGAGAGAGAGAGAGAGAGAGAGAGAGAGAGAGAGAGCGCGAGAGAGAGAGAGACUGCAGCAACCGACAUGGAGCUCGAGCCUUUCCGGAGGAGAGCGAGCAUCCUCUAAUCUGCCAGGAUCACGGUAGAAUACAUUGACACCGUAGACAACAGACAACACUUCUAUAUCACCAUGAGGAACUGCUGACACACCCCCCCCCCUCACCUGACUACCAGAGAGAAGACACUUUCUUCCUCCCAUCAUCUCUCCCACUCCGCCCGUCUUCACAAGGAUAAGCGUUAUUUUCGAGAGUGGAAAAAGUGACCGUCAAAAGCUGAAGCCCUCUCUUGACACUUGACCUCUAACCACUGACCUGUGACCUCAGUAUGUCAGGUCUGCGUGGUAAGCUGCAGCGUGUCCAGUGGCGGGCAGGAUGGCACUCCUUCACCUCCAGAGUCCUCAGGACCAAACCAGUAGAGAGCAUGUUGGACUCUGGGACAGGUGGUACCAGCAGCCAUGGCACCAAACUAGCGAGGGUGUUGUCCACGGUAGACCUGGUGUCACUAGGGGUGGGAAGCUGCGUUGGCACGGGGAUGUACGUGGUCUCUGGGCUGGUUGCUAAGGAGAUGGCCGGACCUGGCGUCAUCGUCUCCUUCAUCAUCGCUGCUGUCGCCUCUAUACUGUCAGGAGUGUGUUAUGCUGAAUUUGGGGUUCGCGUUCCCAAGACAACAGGCUCAGCCUACACCUACAGCUACGUGACAGUGGGGGAGUGUGUGGCCUUUUUCAUUGGCUGGAACCUGAUCCUGGAGUACUUGAUUGGCACAGCCGCGGGGGCAUCGGCUCUCAGCAGCAUGGCGGACUCACUAGCCAAUAAAAGCAUCUCUACGUUUAUGACUACACACAUCGGAACACUCAACGGCCUGGGUAAAGGAGAGCAGUCGUACCCAGACCUCCUGGCCCUGCUGAUAGCAGUAAUAGUGACAGUGAUCGUGGCCCUGGGGGUGAAGAACUCAGUAGGGUUUAAUAAUGUGUUGAAUGUGAUCAACCUGAUGGUGUGGGUCUUCAUGAUGGUGGCCGGACUCUUCUUCGUCAACGGACACAACUGGGACGAUGGAAGGUUCUUACCCUUCGGGUGGUCAGGGGUGAUGCAGGGAGCAGCAACAUGUUUCUAUGCCUUCAUAGGGUUUGACAUAAUCGCUACUACAGGAGAGGAAGCCAAGAGUCCCAACACCUCUAUACCCUAUGCUAUUACUGUUUCCCUCAUCACCUGCCUUACUGCAUACGUCUCUGUAUCAGUGAUUCUGACUCUGAUGGUUCCCUAUACAGAGAUCGAUGCAGACGCUCCUCUGAUGGAGAUGUUUGCUGUACAUGGCUGUUAUUUUGCUAAGUACAUAGUAGCAGUAGGCUCUGUAGCUGGCCUGUCUGUCAGUCUCCUGGGCUCUCUGUUCCCCAUGCCACGAGUCAUCUACGCUAUGGCUGGAGACGGACUGCUGUUCAGGUUCCUGGCCCAUGUGUCUCCCUACACUGAGACUCCAGCAGUGGCAUGUGUUGUGUCUGGCUGUCUGGCUGCUCUCCUCUCUCUCCUCGUCUCCCUACGAGAUCUCAUAGAGAUGAUGUCCAUAGGAACACUACUGGCUUACACACUGGUUAGUGUGUGUGUGUUGUUGCUACGCUACCAGCCAGAAUCAGACAUCCACGGCUUUGUGAACUUCCUGUCUGAGGAGCAGUCCAAUAAGAAGAAGGAGGGCGUGUUAGCUGAGUGUGAGAAGGAAGUGUGUUCUCCAAUCAGUGAAACAGAUGACUACGGAGGACCUCAAACUAACACCUGUGGAGCGAAGAAUCUCCCCUCGCUAGGUGACAAUGAGAUGCUGAUUGGUAAACCAGAUAAAACCACUUACACUGCCAGCCACCCAAACUACGGCACCGUCGACAUGGGCUCCGGCAUCGAAUCAGAAGAGUCGGAGGGCGGGAUGUCGUGGAGGCUGAAGAAGCUGAUUGGUCCACGGUACUACACCAUGAGGAUCCGAUUGGGCCUGCCUGGGAAGAUGGACCGGCCCACUCCGGCAACGGGAAAGACAGUUACUGUCUGUGUCCUCCUCCUCUUCCUCGUCGUAUUCAUCUUCAACUCCUUCAUCAUCUUCGGAGCGGCAAGCAUCGGUGAUGGCAGCUGGUGGGCUCUUCUCCUGCUGAUCUUCCUGGUCAUCUUCAUGGCCCUCCUCAUCGUCAUCAUCCUGCAGCAGCCAGAGAACCCGAAGCGACUGCCCUACAUGGCUCCGGCUGUUCCCUGGGUUCCUGCUGCUGCCAUGCUGGUCAACAGCUACCUGAUGUUAAAACUGUCUGCCAUCACCUGGAUACGCUUCGCUGUCUGGUGUUUCCUAGGUAUCCUGAUCUACUUUGGUUAUGGGAUGUGGAACAGUACUUUGGAGAUCAGGUCCAGGGAGCAGGAGGUCCACGCGUCUACAUACCAGCGCUACGAUGGUCACCAUGCCGGGGUGGACGACGGCUUCUCAGGCUUCAGCGUUGACGAUGACCUCUACCCCCCUAGCAACAACGACCCCUGGGCCGCACCAGACGGUGUUGACGGGUCAGGGCUGGUACCCCCCACGGCUGAUGAUGAUGAUUGGACGGAUCCAAAGGGAGGAGCUAAGAGAGCGCUAGCGGAGGAGGACCCAAUGGAUUUCUGAGAAGAAAGGAAUGAUGGACGGAUGGACAGAUGGACGGAUGUUUCCGAGAGGAUUGAUAGAUGUUACUGUUGUUAACAACUGAAUGUACUGCCUACUGCCGGCUGCCUGCGUGCGUGCGAGUGAGUGUGUCCAUGUGAAUGUUUGUGUGGGUCCCUUGUUACUUAUUUAAAAACUUUUUUUUUUCAUUGAGUUCCAAAGGAUGUAUGAUCCUAUGGAGGAAAGCUGUAGACUACCAAUCAGAAACAGUGGGCGGGGUCUUUUGGUUGAUUUGGUGAUGGGCAUACAGUGAAGGUAUUUUCCUCUCACUAUAGACAGUCCAGAGUGAUGACAGACUGGGAGCGACUAGUCAGCAUUUCCUGGUUCACCACACACACGGGAAGCUGUCAGAGCGCUGAGCCAAGGUCACUUCCUGUCACUGGUCCAGGUGUCUGCUGCUUCUCUCAUCUCACAGAGAGGAAACUAGCUACACACACACAGACACUCUUAGACACACACCAGCCUCUCCAGUCUCUAUCUGGGAAUGGGGGGGCUGAUGGUUUUUUUGUGUCACAUAGUAAUUGGACUUUGCUUGCAAUAGUGCCUUCAUCUGUGUGUGCAUGCGUGCGUGUGUGUUUUUUUGGGGCUGUGUGUGUGUGUGUGUGUGUGUGUGUGUGUGUGUGUGUGUGUGUGUGUGUGUGUGUGUGUGUGUGUGUGUGUGUGUGUGUGUGUGUGUGUGUGUGUGUGUGUGUGUGUGUGUGUGUGUGUGUGUGUGUGUGUGUGUGUGUGUACGCUUUCACACCUUGUAUUUGUGUCCCCUUCAGGGUAUUACCAGUGGAGUGUGUUUGUAACUUAUUUUGCUCCAUCCCACUUUAUAAAGCCCUCCCCCCAUCCCUCCCCCCACAAGCCCCUGUUGCUGCGUUACUAGAGCUCAGAAUGGAAAGGUUCGAAAUGACAGAUUUGUUCUAAACAGAGUUAUGGACGCCACCCUGCUCGGCUCUGCCUACAGGCUAAAUCUCCGAAUGAAUGUUACUAUAUUAGAAAGAAGACGAGAUGAGAAUUGCUCUCACAUCAGACAAAUAUCUCUGAGUGUUUAGUCACAUAGAACCCUCUAAUUCUAUGGUCUCCGCCCCCUUGGGGAAGCCUUACCUGUCAAAUGCACUAAACUAAAGAUGCCACGCAACCCCUCCUACUCCCCACCCCUAAAUGCUGACCUCUAUCCCUAACCAUUACCCAGGGUUCUCUCUGCUGUUCAGGGGUGGGCUCGCUUGUGUUGUCCAGUGAAACAGACACACACAGCUGAGCUGAACUGUGUGUGCGCGGGUGUGUGCUUGUGUGUGUGUGUGUGUGUGUGUGUGUGUGUGUGUGUGUGUGUGUGUGUGUGUGUGUGUGUGUGUGUGUGUGUGUGUGUGUGUGUGUGUGUGUGUGUGUGUGUGUGUGUGUGUGUGUGUGUGCGUGCGUGUGUGUGUGUUCCAUGCCUGUGGCUAUGUGACGUGGCUGGCUGGUGUAUGUGAUCGCAUGCUAAUGUGUAUAGCAUGGUUGUAGAUGCGGUAUUUGCAUGUGGUGACCGACAGCUAAGAGACAUUCUAGAACUAACAGCACCCUACUCCAAACUGACCCCUGAUCCUUGAUAAGGGAAACUAUAGGGUGAAGGGGACUGGUUGAUCUGGAACUGGGGUAUGAUAUGUAGCAAAUUUAGGAGUUGGUGGUUCUGUGGUUUCAUCUCCACCCCUCACCACUGCUCACUCCACCCCUUACCCCCACACCCUGUGUUUACACGGUAAGCCAAAGUCCACAACAUUUGUUAACUUUGUAGAAAACAAAACAGCAAUGAGAUGUACAUGUACAAAAGAUUGAAGUCACUCACGGUAUAUUACGUUCUACUUAUGAACGGUUUGUAAUCACUACAACAGGGUUUGUUUAGGUCAAACUCAAUUAUGAAUGUUAACUAUUCAAUCAGGAUCCACCUGGAACCAAAUAUAAAAAGACCCAAAUAAUGUAAUUUUUCUAUUGAAACAAGUUAACUAAGGGUUAACUACAUAUCUAAUAAUGGUUUAGAAUUCAAGUUUUACUGAAACCACUUGGUAGAGUAGACACAUGCAGUUACAUUCACUAGCUAGAGUAAAUACAUACAGUUACAUUCACUAGCUAGAGUAAAUACAUACAGUUACAUUCACUAGCUAGAGUAAAUACAUACAGUUACAUUCACUAGCUAGAGUAAAUACAUACAGUUACAUUCACUAGCUAGA